UAAGAAACGUCGAGGGUGUCAUUCAAGUUUGUUCGACAAUUUGUGAAGACUCAAUCAACAUGAAAGUUGCUUUCGUUUUAUUCGCCACCUUCGUGGCUGCUCUCCAAUACACUCAAGCCGAACCAGUCGGAACAUGCCCCAGCGACAUGAACCCAGAGAAAGUCGAUUUUUUGGUCGAUGAUGGAGAUUGCACCGUUUUCUACAAAUGCGAUUGGGGAAAAGCCGUUAAAUUCGAUUGCCCAUCUGGAUUACACUUCAACAAAGACUUGGAAGUUUGCGAUUGGCCAGAUAGAGCUGGAUGUGGUGGUAACUCUGAAGAAGGUAACUCUAACAGUGAUAGCGGCAGCAGCAGCAGCGAAAGCGAUGAAGAUGAAGAAGAAGUAGUUACUGAGACUCCAACCGAAGCAGCACCAGAACCAGAAGAAGAAGAAUCCGAUAGUUCUAGCUCCAGCUCUAGUUCUGAAAGCAAUGAAACCGGAAGCAAUGAAGGAAACAGCGGAAAAUGCCCCAACGACAAAUGCCCAGCUGUUAAUGAUGAAUACCCAGUUUAUUUUGCUCACCCUGAAACUUGCGGAAGAUUCUGCCAAUGCGACUGGGGGGUUGCCUACGAUAUGCCAUGCCCAGAUGGUCUUCACUUCAACACCGAACUUAAUGUUUGUGAUUGGCCAGCUGAUGCAGGAUGCGAUAUCUAAAUGUUUUGUAAUUGAUAUAAAGAAAUAAAAUAUACUGCAUUAUUAUAAAUUA